AUGAUGCCCCAAGAGCGCAUAGACUCAUGGCGUCAACGCGUUCCAAGCCGUAUGGACCGCGACGAUCCCUUCGAAGGAGACCACUUCGACGAACGACCCCCCACACGCCUCGUACAUCUCCCCCUGGCAAUCCUCCUCUCUGCAAUAUUAACCUUGUCACAGACAUUUCGUGAUGUUUCUCCGCCUGAGGCUAGGCCUUCUACGCGAUUGGGCUUCUUCCGUGCUGCUACGCCUAUGUUCGGACGUAGUUCUACACCUUCUUCUCCUCGACCUGCUUCAAGCAUGAUGCAACGACGCGCGGAGGGGAAGCGAAGGAGUUUGCUGAGCUUGCUUACUCGCAAGAGGAAGAGAAAGGAGCCGGAGGAGAUUCCGAGGGAUCCUGUCCGUUUGAACUUUUUGUUCGUUGGGAGUAAGGCCGCGGGUCAGACGUCUUUGCUAUUUCGAUCUCGCUAUGGAUACUUUCCUGAUGACACCUCUGGCGUACCGGACCUGAACGUUGUCGAAAGGUUGACCUACAUCGAAUGGGACGCUGUGUUUCUCUGCUUCGACAUCUCGGAUAAGAUAUCCAUGUACACCAUCAUCCAAUGGUGGCAUCACGCUUCGAGCCAAGGCUUCACCAAAUCUGCAAGUUUUGCGCCAUUGCUGUAUCUCGUCGGCUUAAAGAAGGAUCUUCGCGAUCAGUGCUUUUUGGAAGAUCAUCAAACUGGUUCUGCGUUCUCGUCCUCUGGACUGUUGGCGUAUCCGACUUGCUGCAUCUGCUCAUCAGAGGCAACCUGGCAGGCCACUCGAAUUGGAGCACAUAAGUACAUCGAAUGCUCGGCUGCGACUGGUGAAGGGAUGAAGGAGGUUAUUGAUGACUCCGGAAGAGAGGCGAUGAGGAGACUUGUUGGAGGGCAAGUGCCUGAAGACGAGGUUAUUCCCAAGAAGAAACGUCGCUUCUUCUGA